AAAUCCAGCCAAAUUAAAAAAAAAAAAUGCAAAUUUAAUUACAAAGAAAAAAUUAAUCUAAAAAAAAAUAUAUAUAGAAAGUCAAAAUAAGCAAAAAGUCAACUAAUUUUUUCCUCCCCUCCAAUUGCCUGGCAAUAUCUAAUUGUUUAUAUAUAUAUAUAGCAUUACCAUCUUCAUAUAUAUAUAUAUAUAUAUAUUUAUUAUAUAUGUAAAUGUAAUAUAUAUUUGUGUAUCUGUGUGUGUGUAUUUUCGUGUGCAUUCCAUCCAUUAAUUCUAUAACUCAAUCUAUGUAAAACAAAAAUUAACAAAACUAAAAACCAAAUAAACAAAAAAAAAAACCAAACAAAAAACAUACAAAAAAUACAAUUAAAUCGAAACCGAAACUACCAAACAAAACUAUUAAACGCGUAUUAAAAACGCGUUAAAAAAAUACAAAUAUAUUACCGUGAAACCCAACAAAAUAAUCUGAACAACAAAUUGUGCUCCAAAAUGGCGGACAUCAUGCGUCCGCCGUACAGUGAGAUCAAACGGCCGGACGAAAUCGUCAGAAUGACAACCGCCGACAAUCUCAAGUUCGCCGUCCUUAUCGGCCUCAUCGAGGUUGGUCAGGUGACCAACCGGGAGGUGGUCAACACCGUUCUACACUUGCUGGUCGGCGGUGAAUUCGAUAUGGAAUUGAAUUUUGUGAUACAGGAUGCGCAGAAUAUCAAACAUAUGCUGGAGCUGCUGGAUCAUUGUCCGCCCAAUUUGCAGGCGGAGAUUUGGAGCGUCUUCAUUGCAAUUCUGCGCAAAAGCGUCCGCAAUCUACAGGCCUGCACAGAUGUUGGCCUCAUUGAGCAUGUUCUGGUCCGCCUGCAGCGCUCCGAAACGGUUGUGGCAGAUCUGCUCAUCGAAAUGCUGGGCGUGCUGGCCAGCUACAGCAUAACGGUAAAGGAGCUGAAGCUGCUCUUUGGCACAAUGAAGGCCAACAAUGGCAAAUGGCCACGGCACUCGGCCAAGCUCCUGAAUGUCCUACGGCAGAUGCCCCACCGCAACGGGCCGGAUGUCUUCUUUAGUUUUCCGGGUCGCAAGGGAUCGGCCAUGGUCCUGCCGCCUUUGGCCAAGUGGCCCUACGAGAAUGGGUUCACCUUCACCACCUGGUUCCGCCUGGAUCCCAUUAACUCGGUGAAUAUUGAACGGGAGAAGCCCUACCUCUACUGCUUUAAGACAUCGAAGGGCGUAGGCUAUACGGCGCACUUUGUGGGCAACUGCCUCGUUCUCACCUCCAUGAAGGUCAAGGGCAAGGGCUUUCAGCAUUGUGUCAAAUACGAAUUCCAGCCACGAAAGUGGUAUAUGAUUGCCAUAGUGUAUAUAUACAAUCGUUGGACGAAAAGCGAAAUCAAGUGCCUCGUUAAUGGACAGCUGGCCUCCUCCACGGAAAUGGCCUGGUUUGUUUCCACAAACGAUCCCUUUGACAAGUGCUAUAUAGGAGCCACGCCCGAGUUGGACGAGGAGCGCGUGUUCUGCGGCCAAAUGUCGGCGAUUUACCUGUUUAGCGAGGCGUUGACCACGCAGCAGAUUUGCGCGAUGCACCGCCUGGGUCCCGGCUACAAGUCGCAGUUUCGAUUCGACAACGAGUGCUAUCUGAAUCUGCCGGACAAUCACAAGCGGGUGAGUCACUUUCAACUCUUGCCAGCAACGUCCACAACAUCCUUGCCGGUGGUGGGCGGCAGCACUGGGAGUGGCAGUGGCACUGGCACCGGCGAUGCGGCAGCAGCAGCAGCUGCCGCCGCUGGUCAGCAACAGUUGCAGUUGCAAUUCCAAAUCCUGGCCGCCGAGCAGGAGGCGCGAGCCAUCGAUUGGUCCGACGAGAGGCUGGAUUUGAAUGCGGCCUUUGUGAAAAUUCGAGCGGUACUUACCGCACGCAAUGCGGUGACUUUGGCCAGUAAUAAUAGUAGUAGUAAUGCUGCCACGGCAGCAGCAGCAGCAGCAGCCGCCGCUGCAGCAGCAGCAACAGCAACGCCGGCCGCAGCAGCCACACCCACGGGACACACACCUUCCACGGAGGACACCCAACAGCAGCAGCAGCAGCAGCAGCAGCAUCAGGCACAUGCAACACAGGGCGACAGCGAUCCGCUUGGCCAUUUGCCCACCGGAAAUGCUUCUUUCGAGCAACUGCGUCGCAUGUCCAGCGCCAGCAAUCUGAGCUCCCUGAUGGCAACCGCCGACACUGAGGAGGUCAACCAGCUGAAAGCUGUGCUGUACGAUGGCAAGCUAUCGAAUGCCAUUGUGUUUAUGUACAAUCCGGUGGCCACCGAUGGUCAACUGUGUCUGCAGUCGUCGCCCAAGGGAAACGUUUCCUAUUUCGUGCACACGCCGCAUGCCCUCAUGUUGCAGGAUGUGAAGGCCGUGGUCACGCACUCGAUACACUGCACCCUGAACUCGAUUGGAGGCAUACAGGUGCUAUUUCCGCUGUUCUCCCAGCUGGACAUGGCCCACGAGGGCCUAGGGGAUAUUAAGAGGGAUCCCACGUUGUGCUCCAAGCUGCUGGGCUUCAUUUGCGAACUGGUGGAGACCUCCCAGACGGUGCAGCAGCACAUGAUCCAGAACCGGGGCUUCCUGGUCAUCUCGUUCAUGCUGCAGCGCUCCUCCCGCGAACAUCUAACACUGGAGGUCCUUGGAUCCUUUCUCAACCUCACCAAAUAUCUGGUCACCUGCCUGUCGGCCAAUAGCGAUUUGCUGCUCAAGCAGUUGUUCUGUUUCUCAUUUCUCACGUGGCAGCUGCUGGACCAUGUCCUCUUCAAUCCAGCCCUGUGGAUCUAUACGCCGGCGAAUGUCCAGGCGCGACUGUACUCCUACCUGGCCACCGAGUUCCUCUCGGACACGCAGAUCUACAGCAAUGUGCGGCGGGUGAGCACCGUUCUCCAGACGGUGCAUACCCUCAAGUACUACUACUGGGUGGUGAAUCCGCGAGCCAAGAGUGGCAUUAUCCCAAAGGGAUUGGAUGGCCCACGUCCUGCCCAGAAGGAUAUCCUGGCCAUCCGUGCCUACAUCCUGCUAUUCCUCAAGCAGCUUAUAAUGAUCGGCAACGGGGUCAAGGAGGAUGAGCUGCAGAGCAUACUCAACUAUCUGACCACCAUGCAUGAGGACGAGAACCUGCACGAUGUUUUGCAGAUGCUCAUCUCACUGAUGUCGGAGCAUCCCAGUUCCAUGGUACCUGCCUUCGAUGUGAAGCACGGCGUGCGCAGCAUCUUCAAACUGCUGGCGGCCGAGAGUCAGCUCAUCCGGCUGCAGGCCCUCAAGCUGCUUGGGUUCUUCCUUUCGCGCAGCACCCACAAACGCAAAUAUGACGUGAUGUCGCCGCACAAUCUUUAUACCCUGCUGGCCGAAAGGUUACUUCUCUAUGAGGAGUCCCUCUCCCUGCCCACAUACAAUGUCCUCUAUGAGAUUAUGACGGAGCAUAUCUCGCAGCAGAUUCUCUACACACGUCAUCCUGAACCGGAGAGUCACUAUCGUCUGGAGAAUCCAAUGAUCCUCAAGGUGGUGGCCACUCUGAUCCGCCAGUCCAAGCAAACCGAGUCCCUGAUCGAUGUAAAGAAGCUAUUCCUGCAGGACAUGACCCUGCUGUGUAAUAGCAAUCGUGAAAAUCGCCGAACCGUUCUCCAAAUGUCCGUCUGGCAGGAGUGGCUCAUUGCGAUGGCCUACAUCCAUCCGAAGAGCAGCGAAGAGCAGAAGAUUAGUGACAUGGUCUACUCCCUGUUUCGAAUGCUGCUCCAUCAUGCCAUAAAGCAUGAGUACGGCGGCUGGCGGGUAUGGGUUGACACCCUGGCCAUUGUUCACUCAAAGGUGUCGUACGAGGAGUUCAAGCUGCAGUUUGCCCAGAUGUACGAGCACUAUGAGCGCCAGCGGACGGACAAUAUAACGGAUCCUGCCCUGCGUCAGGCACGACCCAUUAGCACAAUCAGUGGCUGGGAGCGUGAGGAGUUGCAUCAGCAGCAGAAUGGAGUUGUGGGUGCUGCGGCAGGAGUAGCAGCAGUAGCAGCACCUUCAAGUCAGGUGGGAGGUGGAACAGCUGCUGCCGUCAAGGCUGCCGUUUCCAUAGCCUCGCUGGAGGAUGUGCCGCCCGUGGUGGAGGAGGAAGUUGAAGAACUGGAAUUGGAGGAGAUUGAGGUGGUGCAGGAGAGUCUGGGAGAGGAAGAGCCGACCGAGCCCAAGUCUGUGAUUGCCAACAUCUCGGAUGUGUACAAUGAGCAGCUGAAAACCGAUGCCACCACCUGCAAUGGCAACCUGGAGGAGACAGAUCAAGACCAGCAGCAGCAGCAGGACCUGGAGAAGAGCUUGGAGCCGGUACCUUUGCCCAUUCCAGUUGCCCAACCCGAAGAGGGUUCCGCCUCCGCCUCCUCCUCCUCGCUGGGAGCCCUGCGCGAGACCCUGCAGCUGGGCGAUGACAUGGAUGUGGAGGAAUUGGAACUGGCCACGGCCAAGGAUGCUCUCAAUGCUGAGCAGCAUGUGGCCCGGGUUUUGCAAUCCUCAGAGGCGGCUCUAAACGAAUGCAAAAUGGCCGUGGAUGAUGUACUACAAGAAGCCUCCUCGGUGCUUAAGGACGAGGAGAUCGAGCUGGCCGUCAACGAAGUUGUCCAGGGUGUACUUAACAAUGAGAAGAAGGCGACCACGCUGAUUCCCGAACAGGAUGUGAAUGUUACCCUGCUAAAUAGCAAGAAUCUGCUCAACAACAACAAUAAUAACAACAACAACAGUCCAAGUUUAACGCCCACAACUGGGGUGGAAACGACGACGACGACAUCAUCAGCAGCAGCAGCAGCAGAGGAGACGGAAGUCAAUGCCAAUGAAAUUGUUGUUGUAACAACGGAACAACAACAACAACAACAACAACAACAAGUGCCGGCAAAAACGGAAACAGUGGAAGCUGUUCUGGCCAAGCCAGGUCUUAUACCCAGUUCCGGUGAUGCCAGCUCCAGUCCAAGUCCAAGUCCCAGUUCCAGCCCAGAAGCAAGCAAUCAAAAGACUGAAGAAGCAGCCAACAAGCUGAACAACAACGAGAAGCUGGCAGAGAUCAGUGCUCAGGUAAAGGAGGCACCUUUAGGGGAUCUCCUGCCGGCGGAAGAGCAGGAUCAGAAGGAUCAGACAAAGGUCGUCACACCUGAACCCGAAGCCGAUCCAGUGGCUUUGGCCGUUAGGGACAUUGUUGAGCAGCUCAUUGACAAGGUGAUCGAUGCCACCGAGGCGGAAGCGGAAGGAGAAGCCUCUACAGUGGCUGCCACCAAAAAGGAAACGAACAACAAUGAGCUGCCAAAGGAGGAGGAGCAGCAGGAAAAGGAGAAGGAAAAGCAGGAAAAGGAGGAGCACCAGGAAAAUGAGAAUCUGAAAGAGGAACAGCACAAAAAGGAGAAAGAAUCUCCCGUUGCCGCUCCCGAGGAAGUGGAAAGCUUGGCUGCCGCUGUUGCCGCCAAGGAAAUCGUCCAGGAAGUGGUAGAAGCUGCUCUGGUCUCGGUCGAAGAUGAGACUUCCCAAGAGCCAGCCAAGAAAAACCCAGAACUCAACGAGGAGAAACCACAACAAGUCCAGAGUCCAGAAAAAACCAAAAACAAAGAUGAACUUGAGCUUAGCAAGGAACUGGAAGAUAAGCCCUGCAAGGAAUCCCCAGAGUCAACCGAUGCUAAGGACCAAGUGGUGGCCAUUGUCAAUCAAGUACUGGACACACUUGUCGAUGAGACCGUCAAGGCUGUGGCCGCCUCGGAGCAAACCACACAGACCUCGCCCGCCCCCGAACAGGAGUCGCCCCGUGUCCUGUCCAAGGAGGCCACAACAGCAACGACGGCCACAACGCCGGUGCGCAUAAAGCCCACCGAGGUGGAUUCCACCACACAGACCACGCCCAAAAAUGAGGCGGGUCAACCGAGCAACGCUGCUGGCACUUUGUUGGUCGAGGAGCAGCAGGCGCAGCAGCAGCAGCUUCAAGAUGAGGAUGUCCAAACUGGAGGCACUGUUGAGGAUGAGGAGUAUGCCGCCCAGCAGGCUGCAGCCGGUGUGGAUGGAGCCAGCCAAAUGGAGGCCAGUCAUUACGGUCCCGCUGGUGCAGCUGGCCAGGAGCAGAAGCAGCAACAACAACAGCAACGCUCCAAAUCGGGCUCCACCCGACCCAUGUUCAGUCCUGGACCCACGCGUCCACCCUUCCGGAUACCGGAGUUCAAGUGGUCCUACAUCCAUCAGCGCCUGCUCAGCGAUGUGCUCUUCUCCCUGGAGACGGACAUCCAGGUGUGGCGCAGCCAUUCGACGAAAAGCGUCCUAGAUUUUGUCAACUCCAGCGAGAAUGCCAUAUUUGUGGUGAAUACAGUGCAUCUGAUCUCCCAGCUGGCGGACAACCUGAUCAUAGCCUGCGGUGGAUUGCUGCCGCUUUUGGCCAGCGCCACAUCGCCCAAUUCUGAACUGGAUGUCUUGGAGCCCACGCAGGGCAUGCCUUUGGAGGUGGCCGUGUCCUUCCUGCAGCGCCUGGUCAACAUGGCCGAUGUCUUGAUCUUUGCCACCUCGCUGAACUUUGGCGAAUUGGAGGCGGAGAAGAACAUGUCCAGUGGUGGCAUCCUGAGGCAAUGCCUCCGCCUGGUGUGCACCUGUGCGGUUCGUAACUGCUUGGAGUGCAAGGAGCGGACCCGCUAUAAUGUGGGAGCCCUGGCCAGAGAUGUGCCCGGUGCAGCACAUUUGCAGGCACUCAUUCGAGGGGCCCAGGCCUCGCCCAAGAACAUUGUCGAGUCAAUCACCGGUCAAUUAUCGCCCGUCAAGGAUCCGGAGAAGCUGCUACAGGACAUGGAUGUGAAUCGCCUGCGGGCGGUCAUCUAUCGCGAUGUGGAGGAAACCAAGCAGGCCCAGUUCCUGUCCUUGGCCAUUGUCUACUUUAUAUCAGUGCUAAUGGUGUCCAAAUACCGUGAUAUCCUGGAGCCGCCGGCAGAGCCGCAGAUCCAGCGACAAUCGCCAGUGCUGCAGCGCACGGCAGGCGGCGAAGCCGCCAGUGCGCGUCCUUUGUUUCCCCAAUGGUCGCAUCAUGUCUAUCCGCAAUUCCUGCCCGAAUCGCAUCAGAAUCAUGUGGCAGCUGCCCCAGGCAACAUGCCGCAGCAGCAGCAACAGCAGCAGCAACAUUACUACCAGCAACAACAGCAGCAGCAGCAGGUUGCCCAUAAUCACAGCCAUCACCAUUACUAUCAGCAGCAGCAGCAGCAGCAGCAGCAGCAACAUGCCACAGCAGCAGUAACAACACAGCAGCAGCAGCAGCAACUUGGUGGCAAUAUCUCGCCCACUCCCUUGGCCACACACUCCACCAGCUCCUCGGCCAGCUCGACGGCCACAUCCCAGCCAGCUUCAAGCUCCAGUCUGUCCAGUUUGGCCUCCCAAAGCCAGCAGCAGACGCAUCGCCAGCUCCACAAGCAGCAGCAGCAACACUACCAUCCUCACCAGCAGCAGACGCACUAUGGCCUCAUCAAUGGCCACCAGCAGCAGCAACUGAAUGGCAAGCACUAUCCCGAGAAUGGGGGCUACCAUCCGCAUCCGCACUCGCAUCCCCACCAGCAUCAGCAUCCGCAUCCGCAUGCUUAUAUGAGGAAUGGAGGAGAGACGCCUGCCCAGAAUGGCUAUGCGGAAUACCAGACAGUGGGUCUGGUCAAUGGUCAUGGCUCUGGGCCUGGAACGGGCUCUGUCUCGGGCAAUAACAAUUCGAGUUUGAUGAAUAACAUGCGCAACCUGAGGAAUGGCAAUGGAGGAGGAGGAGGAGGAGGUGGAGUAGGAGGAGGAGCAGGAGGAGGAGUACCAGGAACUGGAGGAGCUCCUGCUGCUGCUGCUGCUGGUGUAACUGGUAUGGGCAUGACCAUGGGUAAUGUUAUCCCAGGCAAUAUGAAUAUGGGCGUGGCAGGUGGCGGCAUGGAUGGAGGCGUUAGCUACAAGACGAGCGCCAUAAAUAAUAAUUAUCGCUACAAUGGACGCAACGCAUCCGCUGGAACAGGUGGUCGGCAAAUCCAGGAUAGUGAUUAUGAAAUAAUUGUGGUGGAUGAGAAUAAUCCCUCGGUUUUGGCAGACAACGAUUCGCACUCCAGUGGACCGCCCUCGAUUAAGGCCAACCAGACAACAACAACAACAACAGCAACUACAACAACAACAACAACCCAUUACAACAAUAACAACACCACUAAGACUACAACAACAACUAUAGCAAAAUCUGCAACAACUACAACUACAACAACAGCAACAAUUAAAAUUCAACAACAACCAUUGUCACCACCCAAGCCAUUGGUGCCUCAAAAAUUGCCAAAGAGCGUGGACUCCGACGUGGGCUCCCUGAACAUGAACUCCACGGAGAAUGAGGUGCCCGAGGUGGAGUCCUCCAGCGAGAUCCUUAUCGACGACCACAAGCCCAGCCACUCGAACGACGAGAGCUGGACGGAUGUGAACCUCAACGAGGAUGCCGCUGUCCAGGCAGCCAGCGCUGGCAUGGUGGUGGGUCUCGUGGAUGGCAGCACCGAUAAGCAUGAUCCGCAUCUUAGCCAGCAGCAGCAGCAGGCGGGGAUUAACCAACAGCAGCAGCAGCAGCAACAGCAGCAGCACUCGGUGCACUCGGAACGCGGCGAUAAGCCAGACUCGGAGAUAUCCGUGGUCCGUGUGCCCGAUGGCUAUGUCUCCGGCUCGGCAGGUGUCAACUCCUCUGGCCAGAACCAAGGAGUGGUCACCAAUCAGCGAUCCCGUCCCGAAGAGCUGCCCAUGAAGGCGCCCGCUUUGGUGGCCCAACUGCCGCUGACAACGCCCUCGCGUGAGGCAAGUCUCACCCAGAAAUUGGAGGUGGCCCUGGGACCAGUCUGUCCUCUACUCCGCGAAAUAAUGGUGGACUUUGCACCCUUCCUCUCCAAGACCCUGGUGGGCUCCCACGGCCAGGAGCUGCUGAUGGAGGGCAAGGGUCUGACCACCUUCAAGAACUCCCAUUCCGUGGUGGAGCUGGUGAUGCUCCUCUGCUCCCAGGAGUGGCAAAACAGCCUGCAAAAGCACGCCGGCCUGGCCUUCAUCGAGCUGAUCAACGAGGGACGUCUGCUGUCGCACGCCAUGAAGGAUCACAUUGUCCGGGUGGCCAAUGAGGCGGAAUUCAUCCUGAAUCGAAUGCGGGCCGACGAUGUCCUCAAGCAUGCCGACUUUGAGUCGCAGUGUGCACAGACCCUGCUGGAGCGGAGAGAGGAGGAGCGUAUGUGCGAUCACCUGAUCACAGCGGCCAGGCGAAGGGACAAUGUCAUAGCCAGUCGGUUGCUCGAAAAAGUCCGAAACAUAAUGUGUAAUCGUCAUGGAGCCUGGGGUGACUCCAGCUCCAGUUCCACCACGAGUGCCAGCGGUGGUGUCAUUGUGGGUGCAGUGCAAAAGAGUCCCUACUGGAAGCUGGAUGCCUGGGAGGAUGAUGCCCGUCGACGCAAGCGGAUGGUGCAGAAUCCCCGAGGAUCCUCUCAUCCGCAGGCCACACUGAAGGCGGCCCUAGAGAAUGGCGGCCCCGAAGAUGCCAUACUGCAGACACGCGAUGAGUUCCAUACCCAAAUAGCUGUGUCCCGGUCGCAUCCCUCCUCGGGCCAGCACAAUGGUGAGCUCCUGGACGAUGCUGAGCUUCUGAUUGAAGACCGUGAGCUGGAUUUGGAUCUCACAGGACCCGUGAACAUAAGCACCAAGGCUCGCCUGAUAGCACCCGGUUUGGUGGCUCCUGGCACCGUGUCCAUCACCAGCACGGAGAUGUUCUUCGAGGUGGAUGAAGAGCAUCCCGAGUUCCAGAAGAUUGAUGGUGAAGUGCUCAAGUAUUGCGAUCAUCUCCAUGGCAAGUGGUACUUCUCCGAGGUGCGUGCCAUCUUCUCGCGUCGCUAUCUCCUCCAAAAUGUGGCCCUGGAGAUCUUUCUGGCCAGCCGGACGUCCAUAUUGUUUGCCUUUCCCGAUCAGCACACGGUGAAGAAGGUAAUCAAGGCUUUGCCUCGGGUGGGAGUGGGCAUCAAGUAUGGAAUACCACAGACACGACGGGCAUCGAUGAUGUCACCCCGCCAGCUGAUGCGGAACUCCAACAUGACCCAGAAGUGGCAGCGACGCGAGAUUAGCAACUUUGAGUAUCUGAUGUUCCUCAAUACGAUUGCGGGCAGAACAUACAACGACCUGAAUCAGUAUCCCAUUUUCCCCUGGGUUCUGACCAACUACGAGUCCAAGGAUUUGGAUCUCAGCCUGCCCUCCAACUAUAGGGAUCUCUCAAAGCCCAUUGGAGCUUUGAAUCCCUCACGACGAGCGUACUUUGAGGAGCGUUACGAGAGCUGGGAUAGCGAUACCAUACCGCCAUUCCAUUAUGGCACCCACUAUUCCACGGCGGCCUUUACCCUCAACUGGCUGGUGCGUGUGGAGCCCUUCACCACCAUGUUCCUGGCCCUUCAAGGCGGCAAAUUUGAUUAUCCCGACAGGCUGUUCAGCUCGGUGUCGUUGUCGUGGAAGAACUGCCAGCGGGACACAUCUGAUGUGAAGGAACUGAUACCCGAAUGGUAUUUCCUGCCCGAAAUGUUUUACAAUUCGUCCAACUACAGGCUGGGUCAUCGUGAGGAUGGCGCUCUUGUGGAUGACAUUGAACUGCCGCCGUGGGCCAAGAGUCCCGAGGAAUUUGUACGCAUCAAUCGGAUGGCCCUCGAGUCGGAAUUUGUGUCCUGCCAGCUGCAUCAGUGGAUCGAUUUGAUUUUUGGCUAUAAGCAACGUGGCCCGGAGGCCAUUAGGGCCACCAAUGUGUUCUAUUAUCUUACCUACGAGGGCAGCGUGGAUCUCGAUGGGGUCUUGGAUCCCGUAAUGCGAGAGGCUGUUGAAAAUCAAAUUCGUAACUUUGGGCAGACGCCCAGCCAGCUGCUGAUGGAACCGCAUCCGCCGCGUAGCUCGGCCAUGCAUCUAUCGCCGAUGAUGUUCAGCGCCAUGCCGGAGGAUCUGUGCCAGAUGCUCAAGUUCUAUCAGAACUCACCGGUUAUACACAUUUCGGCCAAUACCUAUCCGCAGCUGUCGCUGCCCUCGGUGGUCACCGUGACGGCGGGUCAUCAGUUUGCGGUGAAUCGUUGGAAUUGCAACUACACCGCCUCCGUCCAGAGUCCCAGCUAUGCGGAAUCGCCACAGUCGCCGGGCUCCAAUCAACCGCUGACCAUCGAUCCAGUGCUGGCUGUCCAUGGCACCAAUAACAAUAGCAAUGCUGUGAGUCGCCGCCAUCUGGGCGAUAACUUUAGCCAAAUGCUCAAGAUCCGAUCGAACUGCUUUGUGACCACCGUGGACAGCAGGUUCCUUAUAGCCUGCGGUUUCUGGGACAACAGUUUCCGUGUUUUUGCCACCGAAACGGCUAAAAUCGUUCAGAUUGUGUUUGGACACUUUGGUGUGGUUACCUGCAUGGCCCGGUCCGAGUGCAACAUCACCUCGGACUGCUAUAUAGCCUCCGGAUCGGCAGAUUGCACGGUUCUUCUGUGGCACUGGAAUGCCCGCACCCAGAGCAUUGUGGGUGAGGGUGAUGUGCCCACUCCUCGGGCCACCUUGACGGGUCACGAACAGGCAGUGACCUCGGUGGUGAUCAGUGCCGAGCUCGGCCUGGUUGUUUCGGGCUCAUCAAAUGGUCCUGUGCUGAUUCACACCACCUUUGGGGACCUGCUGCGCUCACUGGACCCGCCCGCGGAGUUCCACUCCCCGGAACUGAUCACCAUGUCCCGCGAGGGCUUCAUUGUCAUCAACUACGACAAGGGGAAUGUGGCGGCCUAUACCAUAAAUGGCAAGAAGCUGCGCCAUGAGACGCACAACGACAAUCUACAGUGCAUGCUGCUGUCGCGCGAUGGCGAAUACCUGAUGACCGCCGGCGAUCGCGGCAUCGUGGAGGUGUGGCGCACCUUCAACCUAGCACCACUUUAUGCCUUCCCCGCCUGCAAUGCGGGCAUCCGGUCUUUGGCCCUCACCCAUGAUCAAAAAUACCUGUUGGCUGGCCUCUCGACGGGUUCCAUCAUUGUGUUCCACAUUGACUUUAACCGCUGGCACCACGAGUACCAGCAGCGUUACUAAGUGGCUGGAACAAACCCAGCAUUCCAGAGGAUACCGGAAACGGAAAUGGGAAAACGAUAACGAUCGCAACCACUACGAUGUACUUAACAAAGCGAUAAUGACGAAGGAUCCAAGCGGAUCGGUUUUUUUCUAUAGACCUUUACAACUUUAGGCUAGUAAGCAAACCUAUGUUUUUUUUUGUCUAGUAAUAAUUGUGCAUUAGUGUGUGUUUUGGCCGGAAAAGCCAGUCGCAAAAGCAAACAAAAAAAAAAAAAAGAAACAAAAAAACCAGAAAAAAAUGAAAAGAGAAGAACGGAACGGGAGAGACACAUUUUUUUUUACUAGAAUUACGAACUGUAUGUUAAGUUAUGGCAAAUGGAGAAAGUGAAGGAAGCAAAAGGAAGUGAACAAAGGAUAAAAGAAAGGAUAAAAGGAGGCAUAAAAGGAGAGAAAAACAAAGUGAAGGAGAAUAACGAGAGAGACGAAGAGGAAGGAAAGUGGAGCAGCGAAAAGGCGGCUUAAGUAAGUAGUUGAAAUAAGACAAAUGAAGUUAGUGUUUAUAAAACGCAAUAAGCAGUAAAACUAAAGCUAAAUGAUUCCACAUGCAUUAUAAUACCAACGUAGCAAAAGUUCUCUUUAAAAAAAAAAAACACA